AUGCAGAUUUUCCAACAUAUGCCGUAAGUUAGCUAAGUACGCAUAGGCUGCAUGGAGAACAGCCACUAAUUUACUUUCAGAGGUUCAAGAGGACAUAAAAAUCACAACAGACGGUAUCCCUAUGAUCUUCAAAGCGGGAGACAUAGUUCUCAAGAACUUCGACGCCUACAAGAUCGACAUAAAUUUCACGCCAAAUCUGAAGGCCCUCUUGUAGUUAAAAGAGUCCACGCUCCACAUGUUCUGCUAAAACAUCCCAAGACCGGAGCCGUGAGAAGGAUUCACUCAGAAAACGUAAAGUUGUAUUGGCCGUAAACGGCUGAUUCGGAGUUAAAACCAAAAACUUUACCAGAAUGGGGGUAGAUAACAAUCAUCUCUUUCUCCGUAGGGAGAGAAAGAGAAUAGCGCCCUAGAUCUUCAGUCGGGGUUUGUUGUAGGCAUUGGGAGCGAACGCGCCCCCUUGGAGUCUCCUCAAUAAACUUAAAUGGAAUAUAAUACCGGCAUAUUCUGAGCUAAUUAAUAUGCGCUACUAGAACCAACGGGUCAACACCACCCGCUACAAGAAGUUCUGAGGCCAGAACUUUCCCCGGCCCGGGAGGCACGAGCGUGUAUCAGGCCGCCUUGGCAUACUGGGAGUCGUACCCUGGUCCUGUCGAGGAGGUCAUUGGAUUCCUCGACUUUGCUGACCAAGCCAUCGAGGAGUGUUCGCACUCAGGAUUUGUUUCCCUUAUGACUUAUCCUUGUAACAAUAGACUCCGUAAAGUCCCGAUUCGGCGACUCUACGAGUCACUUUCUGGCUCUUCCGACGGUCACCAGCAGCAACUCGCCGCGGAAUACGAAGAGUACAAGAGGGAGAUGGCUACUCCUUCGUCACGUACAUCGGUUCAUCCCCACAUCCUAUGCCAUAACCGUCCCGACCCCCGGUCGUCAACCACUAAUUCCGUUACUUGUCAACGGGAUUUUUGUCGAAACCUUAAUCGACACCGGCGCGUCCAUUUCAUAUCUACCAGAGUCGACGGCAAAAAGAUUAAACCCGGUACCAAAAUCAGCGGUCAUUGAGCCAGCAAGAGCGGCAAACGGAGAAGUCAUCUCCUUCCUGGGAACAGUUUCGCUUAAAACCCGAGCAGUACACCUCCGAAUCCACGAACCUAUAACAUUGUCACCACACACAGAUAACUUCGUAUGGGCAGUCACAUCCGAACCCACCGAAGGAGUGUUCCUGACUGAAGGACGAGCCGUUCGAGAAGGAGUUCGGAUAGGAAAAGUUAUCUCCAACGCUGUUGAUUCUAAAUUUCCUCUAAGGAUCGUCAAUACGACGAAUACACCUCAACGUCUACAUCCAAACGUAAAACUGGCAACACUCGUCCAUAUUACCGAGAAUUGCUAUCAAGUGUUUGCAGUGACGAACCCACAGCCCGCAGAAAAACACAUUCCCGCUGAAAUCGACGUGGCCGAUAACUUAAUACCUCAGCCAGAUACCCAGUUCAACUUAAAAGAGAAAAUCCAAUUGGACCCCUGGAGUCUCCUCAAUAAACUUAAAAUGGAAUACAAUAUCGGCAUAUUCUGA